AUGAGUUCCACUAGAUUUACUGAUUUGGACGUCGAGUUUGCAGAUCAAAAACAUUCACUAAAUGGCGUGGAUGCAAUUGAAGCCGUAAGUGACGAGGAAGAUGACGACCUUUUGGACUACGACGAUGACGAAUUGUCCAUAACGACACUAUCGAGACAGUCUUCUAUCGAAGAAUUAGAGCUCAGAUAUAUGGAGAUGCACAAGAUGCAGGCUGCUGUAGCCACCUGGGCUAUGAAAGAGAAGCAGGCCAAAAUGGAAAUGAAACUGAAAAAGAUGAAUAGCUACUGCCCCAUGUCUCCUGUAUUUCAAGAGGGUUGUGAGUAUGAGAAUUGCAACAUGUUUGUUGUGAGUUACGCGAUCGUAGCCACAAUUCUCGUUUGGGCGGUAUAUGGAGUUUUGUUGUUUCUUUACUUCCACACUCGCACAAAUCUCGCCUACGUAUAUUAA